AUGCAGGACGACCCGGUGUGCGUGGCGGCGCGGAAGGACGGUAGGAAGGUCGUGACUGGGCUGUGGGUGGACGACUCCGUGGAUCUCGGAGCCAUGGUUGAUGCCGAUCAUGUGGGUGAGGAGUACGAGCUUGCUAAAAUGGUGAAGAUUAAUAUUAUUAAUCACCAGUGGUUGGAAGACUGCUUAAAGGCAUGGGACAUUCUUCCUGUUGAUAAUUAUACUGCCAGAAGUUGUUGGGAAUUGGAGAUAAUGGAGGCAGAAGCUAAAGAUUCCGAAGAUGAAGCACAAAGUUCUGAUAGAGGCUUGUCUGAUAGCAGAGGCAGAACUCCUGCUGAUCUUUAUGGUCACAUACCCAUUAAUGGUCCUUCUGUCUUCUAUGGCAAUGCAGAUGUUCCUGCAGGAACACAUGUCGGUGCUUUGCAACAGAUUAGGGAAGUGAAAGAUGCAAGUGAAUGGUCAGUUGAUGUCAUGGCUGACACACUGAGCACCCCAAACACCAAUGUUGGGACAAUUUCUGCUGAUCCUGAAGCCCAUGCACAUGCACCACAAACUGAUAAAGUUGAAGUUGUAGCUGCAGACUCAGAACAUGACAAGUUGGUUUCUCAUAAAACCUUUGAAGCAGGCCCUAUGGAGAUCCCAAUCACUGCAGUCCCUGGUGAAUUUGGAGUAUUUUCCCAGGAAGUAUCAACUUCGCAACAGAUUAGGGAAGUGGAAGAUGCAAGUGAAAGGUCACUUGACGUCAUUGCUGACAUACUGAACACUCCCAAAACAAAUGGUGUAGCAAUUUCUGCUAAUCCUGAUGGCAAUUUACCUAUCCAUGGUCCUACUGUCUUCACUGGCAAUGCAGAUGCAGUGGUUCCUGCAGGAAGACGCUUGGAGACUUCACAGCAGAUUAGGGAAGUAGAAGAUGUCAGUAAAAGGUCACUUGAUGUCAGAGCUGACAGACUAAGCACUCCAAACACAAAUGUUGUGACAAUUUCUGCUGAUCCUGAUGCCCAUGCGCAUGCAUCACAAGCUGACAAAGUUGAAGCUGUAGCCGCAGACUCAGAGCAUGACUCAAUGGGUUCUCGUGCAACCUUCCAAGCAGGCCCUAAGGAGAUCCCAAUUACUGCAGUCCCUGGUGAAUUUGGAGUAUUUCCCCAGAAAGUAUCAACUUCUAGUGUGAGAAAUCUUGGUGCCAAGAGGUCACAGAUUCCUGAGGAUGAAACGGCUGCUGUAUCUGUACAUAGUAACUGUGACCUUGCUGCUUACAAGUCCAAGCAUGGUAAAGUUCUUUCCAAUGGCAGUGUCGAAGCAGAUCUUGGAAAGAACUGUAGCCUGAAUGCUGCUGAAAGCACAACAUUCGUGCCUGAAGAAAUCUUGAGCAGAUCAAGGAGCGCAGUUGCUAAGAGCCCACUCAAAUCCAACAGUCAGAUGAAUGAUGCGAUAGUGGUUUACAAGAUGAAGCCUGCUAAUAUGAAUAUGGAGGAAAACCCUACAACCAGCGCAUGCCCAACCGCUGGUAAAACCGAAAGAGUAUCUUUCGAGUUAAGUUUUCUUGAGGCGGUGAGUGCAGAAGGUUCCACUUCAAAGGUUUCAAGCAGUGCAACUGCAGAUAACUCUGAAACAUGUAUCCCCAAAAGAGUCCUGAAGCCCAAGAGGAGGAGAGUAUCUUCUUUCCAAGAAGGGAGAUCUGACAGUGAGGCUUGCAGAACAGUUAGUGUCUUAUCUGAAGCAUCAACGUUGCCUGCAGAGAGUUCCACAAAUGCUGGCAUGGUGACAGUGUACAAGGGUCUCCACAAUGCUGAUGAAGCCUGCGAAGAUAGACCAGAAGAUUUGCAAAGCUCUAAACCUAGAAGCAGAAAGAGACAGAAAACUGACCACAAUAACAAGGAAAACAUACCAGCCAAUACUAGUCUCGCUCCUAAAUCAAAACAUGGGGAAAAACGUGUGAGUUCUGAAUGCGCCAGAAUAGCUGUAGAGAAUUACAAAUAUGUGAUUGAUGACCGCAGUAUGACAGGGGGAAAUGAUGAUGGAUCCUUGGCCAUGUGGGAACCAGAACCUACAUGGUUUAUUUCAAGUGGGCAUCGCCUGUUGAGAAAGGAGUGCAGGUCAAUAUUUCUACGCCUGAAGGGAAGGAUCUGCUGUCCCUCACACCACUGGUCUUUCCAAGCGACACAUUUUAUCACCCCUGAGCUCCGCAGAACCGAAAAAUUCUUUGCAGCUGCUGCAGCUGGGAGGUGGAUACUGAAGCCUGAGUACUUGUUUGCUUGCAAUGAGGCUGGCAAGCUAGUGGAUGCAGAAUCAUUCGAGUGGCAUGGUGACGGCCUUAACGACAACCAAACAAUAAGCCUGGACGCUUCGAGGAAAUGGCAGCACCUGAAGCAGCGCGCCGGCCAUGGCGCCUUCUAUGGGAUGCGGAUCAUCAUAUAUGGAGAGUGCAUUUCUCCAUCAUUGGACACCCUGAGGCGUGCAGCGAGAGCCGGUGAUGGCAUGAUCCUGGCCACUGCCCCGCCUUACACACGGUUCCUGAAGCUGGGCGCGGUCAGCUUCGCGGUUGUGUCUGCGGGCACGCCAAGCAGCAACACGUGGGUUCAAGAGUUCAAGAGCCACGGGAUCCCGUGCGUGAACCCGAGCUAUCUGGUGGACUACAUGUGCAAGCCCAGCCACCUCGAGCAGCACAAGCACGUCCCCUUCGACAUGCAGGACCUGGCUGACGAGUCCCUGCGGAAGGUGCUGUCGAGCCAGGAGGGAGGUGAUGCCGAGCAGAGCUGCAGCUCCGGCAGAAUGGUGGUGGUUGCUAUGCCCAAGAACAUGCAUGGAUCACUCCAUUGUAUUGAAAAUGCAAGUUCUAACAAGAAAACUGUGCAAAUACUAAUCGACAACGGCAGGCCUACUUCGACUCUCAAUGUCGAAUUGGACGAGCCCUCCAGAAAUAUGGUGGAAAAUUACAAGAUGAAAUCAAAUUGGAACUACGCAGACUUCUAUUUCUCCUACAAGAACAAAAUUAUUCUUCCUGGUCGAACAUUAAGAUCAUAUGGCAUUUCCAAGGGAUGUACAAUCGAUCUCUACACCAGAGUGAGAGGUGGAAGAUUAUCUUUUAUGGACUAUGUUGAGGAAUACAAGGCUAGUUUCACAGAAAUUGCCAAGCUUCCUGAUGGGAAUCUUUCGUUGAAAGUGCCUAUUGGAGGAUGUAUAUUUCUUUCAUCCUUCCUAUCAUGCGUCAUGGCUACAUGGUCGCAAAACAGGAGGGCAGCUAUUUCAAUCCAGAGUUCUUGCAUGGAGAGUGAUGUACAUCCUAUAAUUGAGUUUCUGGAUUAUGCCUUUUUGAGCAAUGACAAAAGACUGCAGGACAGAAGACCACCCUAUUUUGACCAUUUGAUACGAUGUUUGAGAGAAAUGAAGUCAGCAGUGCCGAGUCCUGGUGAUAAGUUGACGAUAGCAUCUCACGCGAGCUAUAUGUUACCUUUUGACAGGUUAUUGCUUACUAUUUCACUCAGAAGAAAGUAUAAAGGUUCGAGCAAAGAAGAAAAAACUAAAUGGGAUGGUGCCAUAAGGAAAGCUUCAUUAAAUGUUGCCUUGACCGAUCGAUUGCUGGAACUACCUGUGUUUAACGAUAUUAAAGCAGCAGCAGAUAGAAGAGGCGAAUCAUAUCCAGCAGAGCUAACACGGUCCGUGUCCUUUCGGGUGUCACGGGAUUAUUGCAUGCAUGCACUCGAAAAUCGAUGGGCCGAUGAUCCAGAUGCAAAACCUAGCGAGAAGGAUAAACAAAUUGAGAAAUUCAAAGAUGAUGAUGGCAUUGAGCUUAUGCUUCCAGUGCACGUAAAAAAAAUUCUUGCUAAUCUGAUCGAACAACUUAUCCUGGCAAACAUUGACAUCAACAGAGAGCUUUCAAGUGCCGUACUGCACUGCACCAAGUGCCCCAUAGAACCAACUCAUCCAGUUGUGGCUGAACCCAUUGGUGAUGAUUACAUGCCGACUUGGAUGCUUGCUCGAACUAAAGCUGAACAAUCAAGGCUCAUGAACAUGAACAUUGGUGCCAAUCGAGCAAGACCAAGGAAUUGGACCACCGGAGAAUGCUCGAACUCCGCUUCAAUGGUCAACCAGCAGCCCAAUCCCUGGAAUGCAGGGAAGACUCUCGUAGCGCUGUCCCCAGGUGCAAAAAUUCUACCUUUAAGCUCCAUGCCGUCGGGGAGUAGUACAGAUGGUGUAAAAGCUGAAGUGUCGAACCCAGUGACAUCGGUGCGUGCACAGACAACACAGCCACAAGUAGCAGAAGGCAAAUCAAAGGCCUGCUUUGAUAACUGGAAAAGGCGUCAGGCGAGGAAAGCUCGAAAAGAGGCCGGUGAGAAACCCUAGUUCAAGCUGCUAGCAGAAGGCGGACCGACACUUUCCUCGACCGUUCGCAGCUUCCACACCGAGUACUUUGUAAUCUCAGCACACUCAACAUAAAGAUCACUACAAAAAAGACCAAAUCAACAUUCAACUUGACCUUUUUGUAGGAACAAGAAUACGCUAUAUUGAGAAAUUAUUCUGCUACCCCUUGCUUUUACAUGAGAUAUUGGAUGUGGUAAAUUCGGGUAUUCGUUGUGGUUCAGUAAAAUAGAUUCAAAAUGAUCCCCGUGUUGGCACGCAAAUCUUCUUUACUAGG